GCACUAGAGUCCUCUAUACAUCUCUAUGGCGACGACAGAAACCUUGGACUCGGCCUGUGGUUGUUAGGUCAGGUGGUAGAGAAAGGAAGAUAAUUCCUCCAUUAUCUCUGGUUAGGACAUCGCCGCUAUGCAGAAACUGUUCAAAAUACCUGAAACAGUUUGAUAUUUCAUUGUGUUAAUAAAUUAAUGGAUUAAUAUCACGUUAUUCAUAAAUCAACAACAUUUCAUCACCUGUUAAAAGUUUGUCGCUGGAUUUGUUUCUUGAAGGUUUUGUUUAUACGCGCGUUGCGUGGUUUUACAUCCGUAAACAAGGAAACUGCACCUCCCCCUAAUUGACGUAGAGCGCGGAAGCAAAUUCAGAACUCAAGACUGAAGAGGCAAAGGCAAAGAAUAUACUUUUACCGGUCUCACUUGAAGGAAGUAUGGCGACAGGGGGGACCUCCUCUUCCAGUGGGGAGGGCUUCCUCUCAAGAAUGGCCCUCAAUGACAACAAGGCUGGAAUGGAGGGCCUUAACAGGGACAAGAUUAACAAGAUCAUCAUGGAGUCCUCCAAGGGCUCCAGGUUCUAUGAGAACGAGCUGAAGAAGGAACAGCAGGUGAACCAGCGCAUUGAGAGGAUGAUGUUGCAGAAAGCACACAUCACUGAGCAACAGCUGAGCAAAGCACAAGCACAGGUGGAGAAGAUGACCUCUGACCUGGAGAGGGGUCGUGACCUGAGCCGUGUGAUUGUGCAUGUGGAUAUGGAUGCCUUCUAUGCUGCGGUGGAGACGAGAGACUGUCCUGACCUGAUGGACAAACCCAUGGCCGUGGGCUCCAUGAGCAUGUUGUCAACAUCCAACUACCAUGCCAGGAAGUUUGGGGUUCGUGCCGCCAUGCCUGGCUUCAUCGCAAAGAAGCUCUGCCCAAACCUGGUUAUUGUUCCAAUCAACUUUGACAAAUACAGAGCAGUGAGCGCUGAAGUCCGGGAGGUCUUUGCAGACUAUGACCCUCACUUCCUGCCCAUGAGUCUCGACGAAGCAUACCUGGACAUCAGUGACCACCUUGAGCAGAGGAGAGGCUGGCCAGAGGCCCUCCGUACCCACCGUCUCCACACCAACAACACUGGGACAGCUAGAGUUGAGGACCAUGGUGGCCUACAGGAGACAGUAGAGUUAGAGGGUUUGUCUCCUGUCCUGUUUGAGAACAGCCCCAGCUCCUCCCCCUGUCUGCAGGAUGCUGCUGGGGGAGAGGUGGAAGUGUUUGGGACCUGUGCCGAGGAGGCGGUAAGAGAGAUGCGCUUCCGCAUCGAGCAGAAGACCUCACUAACAGCCAGCGCAGGCAUUGCCCCAAACAUGAUGCUGGCCAAGGUGUGUAGUGAUAAGAACAAACCCAACGGCCAGUACAGACUCCCCUCUAACCGACAGGCUGUCAUAGACUUCAUACAGGACCUGCCAGUCCGGAAGAUCUCAGGCAUUGGGAAGGUGACAGAGAAGAUGCUGGGAGCUCUAGGUAUCACCAGCUGUUCCCAUCUUGGCCAGGAGAUGGCGCUGCUGGCCCUGCUGUUCUCUGAGACGUCUUGGCAUCACUUCCUCCACAUCUCCAUGGGCCUGGGCUCCACACACAUCGAGAGGGACGGAGAGAGAAAAAGCAUGAGUACAGAGAGGACUUUUGGAGAGAUGGGUGCAUUAGAGGAGCAGUUCUCGCUGUGCAGGGAGCUGUGCCAAGACCUGGCUCAGGACCUGCAGAAGGAGGCGCUCAAGGGCAAGACGGUGACGUUGAAGCUGAAAAAUGUCAACUUUGAGGUGAAAACCAGAGCGUGGACGUUGCCGUGUGCUGUUGCUACGACGGAAGAGCUCUUUGCUGUCGCUAAGGACUUGCUGAAGACUGAGAUCGACAACGUCAGCCCCCAGCCACUGAGACUGAGGCUUAUGGGCGUUCGGGUUUCCAAUUUCGCCAGUGCUGAUGACAAGAAACCCCUGCAGAAGAGCAUUGUGGGAUUUCUCCAUAAAAAACAGACUGACUCUAGUAGCACCUCCCAGAUCUCCUCCCACAAGCCUGUGAAAGAGCAUCCACCUAAGUCUCCAGGCCAGACUCAGCCCUCUGCCUGCCCUUCCAUGGUACAGCAGAGACAGGGGCAAGAGGGUCACGCCUGGGUACCUAGCCGAGGAGGGGUGGAGGUGGGCGGGACUGGGGAGAACCAGCAAUCCUUCUUGCAGAGAGCUCACGCCCAGAGGCUGCGACUGCAAGCUGAGAGAGAGGACCCACCAGAGAAGGGAGAUUGUAAUGGCUUCGAGACCAGACGGGGCCCAACCUCAUCGACCACCACCCCCGAAGGGACACAGACACACACUCCGAAGAAUACAAAUACAUCAGCAGAGACAGACAUCUCUAUGAGUGCAUUGACAGCUUCGGACAAAAUGACACAUGAACCUUCAGCCCAUGCGUCUACUUCAUCAUGCUGUUCAACAGAGCCAGAGUCAGGGACAGACAGUCUGACCUGCCCUGUAUGCUUCAGGGAGGUGAACACCACAGAGCUGACAGUCUUCAACAGACACGUUGACCAGUGUCUCAGUGGGGUUACUAUGGGGCAAAACAACCACACAGACACAGAGCUAGAGAGAGGCCCCCGUGUCUGUGAGGAGGAGGUGGAGAAAGAGAUAACUGGAGGGAAGAGGGAGGAGGGGCCGAAGGAGAAAGGUAGUGAGCUGCUCAGUAGGUGCAUGUUGGACUCAGUGGGCCUUCAAUUAGACUCAAGUGCAGGUGAUCAUACGGAGUCCACUACAGGUUUACUUCUAUAUGAGACGAGUACAGCUAAUAUUUCACUAAGCACUGUGGGCCUGAACCCUGUCUGCCUUAACACUUGUCCAAAUGGAGAUGUAUCUAUACAUAGAGCUAACACCCUGAAGGUUUCAUCUCAAAGUGACCCUCGUGUUCGGGUUUGUCUGUUGUCCCCCGGUGGCCCUCGGCCAAUGACUACGCCCAAGCCCGAGUCACGUGACCACAGAGGCCCCGCCCUCACCUGUCCAGUGUGUCAGGAGACCCAGGACACCAAUGACCUCACCCUUUUUAACCGACACGUUGACCUCUGUCUGAACCAGGAAGUCCUGCAUGAGCUUGGGGGACUGGCAUCUGUGGACCGCACCACCCACACCGCACCACCUGCUGCCCACAAAGAGCGAGAGCAGCCCCUGCAGAGAGGCAAGAGCAAAAGGAGAGGCUUGUCUCCCCCACCCCCCUCUAAGAAGGCCAAAGCCCUGGGCCCAGCUUGGAACACUAUUGACAAGUUCUUCAGGUGAUGCAGCUUAGGUGAAUGGAGUGCUGGUGACCUCACUAGCAACCAUCCCUACCUACCUAGUACUUCUUGGAUUGCUGGGAAUUUGGAUUGCUUACUCAAGCAUUGAAGAUACACUUCUUUCAAAAGAAAUACAUUUUUAUCUCUUGUGCAGUUUUAAAAAAAAGUCAUAAUGGUCAUAAGUUAGCAGGCAGAGCCUUUGCAGGGGUUUUAGUGAAGGUAGUUGAUGCAAACCAGUACCAGUAUGAGAUGGUGUAUUUUUGCAUAAGAUAACUUAAAUAUAGGCUAUGUAUAAAAAAUAAAAAUAAAGGAAUAUUAUUGUAUUCAAAUUUCAUAGGCUAUUUUUCUUACAGAAAAUAAAACUUGCCACCACUGUAAAUGUGGCUCAAUUAA